AUGCAUUCCAACGAUACUAAUAAUGAACUGAUCAAUGUUCCACAGCAUAUUCAAAAGCAACAACAAUAUGAACAAAAGAAGAAAAAUCGUGGAAAUCCAAAACUACAACGUUAUCGUCGAAAACUUCGAAAGUACGGUAUGAAUCCAGAUGAUAUUAUCAGUUUGGUAGCUCCACAGACCGAUAUUGAUUCACAGGAAAGCAGCAACAUUUUAAAUCAAACUGUAAUAUCCAAACAAUGUUUAGUUUCAUCGAAGCAACCAAGAAAAAAUAUGAAAAUAAAAAAAAAUUUAAAACGUCUUACACACAUAAAUGAGAUUAAUUCAUUCAAAACGAUUCAAAGUUUGAAAACGAUAUGGAUAAUUGAACAUAAUUUAAUCGAUUACACAGAUAUAUCUGAUCAAACCUUCUUUCACAUAUUAUCAACAGCUUGUAAUGGCAAUAUUGAUAAACAUAACUGUUUGUUGAAUGAAAAACACAAACAAAUUCAAUUAGUUCGUCAUUAUGCAACUUUAAUCGAUCGAUUAUCUUAUGCGAAACUACAAGUACUACAAUGGAACUAUUAUCAUCACAUAGGUACUACACAACAUAUUGGAACACGUCGAAUAUCAAAACAAUUGGCUGAGAAGAAUUCUAUAUGUUAUACAUAUGGCAAACCAAAAACAUUAAUUGAUCAACGUCUCAAAAAGAGUCAAGAAGAGUUACAACAAGCACAACAUGCCGUUCAAUAUUUUGAAGAAAUAAUACUCUGCAAUGCUGCACCUCAUAUGGAUUGCCAUUCAGAGAUCCAAUCAUUGUGCUCUAUUCUUCAGAAAUUCGUUCAUCAAAUGCAAGAAAAUAUACGAGAUGAAUUCGAAUAUAAAAGACGAAAAUUGUAUUUGGAUUCAACUGAUCAUCAAUUGGUUCAAGCAUUUUUCGAUUUAAAGCCAGAUAAAUCACAAAUUGCAACGGCAAGACAUGUUUGGAAAACUACAGCGAACCAGACAAUGAUAAAUGAACAAGUUACUUUAUUGAAAAAACGUUGUUCAUCGAAACAAGUACCACCAGCAUCUAUUCUUCUUGAUUACAUGAUUCAUCAUAUUGGUAUUAUGCUUUCGAAACCAAACCAUACUAUUGAACAAAAUGCAUUAACAAAUAUUUCACACGAUCAAUUUGAAAAAAUAAAUCAAUCAAAACAUGACAUUAUCCAAUUCCAAAUGCAAAGUGCUGUGAUCAACGCCAUAGAAGCUUGUCGAUUGCAUAUGAUUAAACGUGCUGAAUAUCUACUUCAAUACAAAUUAGUAACAUAUUUCACAUAG